AUGCUAACAGGAAAGACCAAGAAUCGUUCAAAUUUCCAGAUUAUUUUAUGGAAACGAAUAUAUGGCAGUGGAUCAAAACAGUCCAGACAAAAUUUAUCGAGCCAUAUCGGCCACACGAAUCCAAGAAGAGAAAGAUUCUUCCUCUGUGCGGACAAAAGUUCCGGACAACCAAUGGAUCCCAAAUCAAGGGCAGCCCUUAUUUCUGACAAGUCGACUUUUUCAUCAAGAGUCGCAGCCUUCGCCGCGGUACUCCUCACAGCUGGCGGGAUAUACAAAUUUUGGGAGAUUUCACCAAGCUUUUCACUAGUGUGUGGAUGGAUAAGUUUCUUCAACUUGCCGUGUACAUGCGGGAGGUGUUUACGGCGCAGCCAUUGCAUAAGUUUGUGCAUGGAUUCCUUUUGCUUGACACCAAAUUGCAACUGUGGGUAUUUGAUCGGUCUGGCCCAUACCCCACGGGCUUCAUUGAUAUCGAUGAAAACCCCGAGGUGCUCAUAUACGUCAUAA